CAGCUGGCCACGGGUUCCUUCCCUUGUGUAAUUUGUGGGGACUGCAGAGGUGUCCAUUGUGCCUGCCCUGGCGGGCUCAGAUCAAGAAGAGGUGGCUGCAAAGCUCGCCGCGCGCAACCAUCGCUCGCAUGUGCAGCAGCUCCCUCCCAGGCCGAGAGCUGCACAGACCACCACUUGGCUACCUAGGUAGGAUCAGAAGCUAGCCUUCCCUCACCUCCAGGAAAAGUAUCACGCGGCAGGCAUUACGACAAGCUCUAACAGGCUGUGCUCUCACAGGCCGUGAUCUCAGAAACUAUUUGGUCUGAUCCAUACAGAAAGGCGCCUGGAUCUCCGAAUUGCCCUAUCGACACAGUUGCGUAGAGGUACUCAAACUCACAUUUCACGCCCUCAUAAUACUCAGCAGUCCACCAACAUGACCGACUCGGCCCGCUGGAAAGCAACUGUUUAUGUUGGCGGACUGUCGUCUUAUGCCACCACAAGCAAUUUGCACGACGCGUUCAUUCCGUUUGGCGAGAUCGCAGAGAUCUCACUCCCGAAAAAUGACCACCCCAACGCCACAGAACCCCACAGAGGGUUCGCGUACGUUGAGUACGAAGACGCCGAUGAUGCCAAGGAAGCAAUCGACAACAUGGAUCAGUCCGAGUUUUUUGGUCGGGUCCUGAAGGUGUCUGCCGCGAAACCACCAAAGAGUGCCAAUGAGGGUCUGGGCAGCAAGACCGCAGUGUGGGAGCAGGAGGGAUGGCUCGCAAAACAUGCUGUGGAUGAUGAGGAUAGGCUGAGUGCCGACGGCGCGCAGGCUACAGGCGAUGGACGGGCAGAGGACCCCAUGCAAGGGUUGGAGGGGUUGGAUGUCGCCGGGCCGAAGCCGAUGUAAUAUCCAAACCUAGUGGUUGAUUCUGGUCUUCUCAUACAUAGCGAUGGCGUUUUGGGAUAAAGUAACGAGUGAAAAUAGACAUGGCACUACGAGUUCGCGGUACUGAGUCACGAGCCACGACUCGAUCCAAGCACUUUUCGGGCAAGACUGAGGCACGCGAAUGUCCUCGACGCAAGGCAACAAGGAAA